UUUUCCACCCGCCGCCCAACUGCAGGAUCAGAGAGGUGCAUUGUGGGAGUCAGGUCCGGCUUGUCGUCAUAGCGAUCCGAGACAUUGCCAAAGGCGAGGAGAUAACUGUGGACUACAGCCUGACGGACUGGGGGGAAAACGCCAUGGGUUUCCACAGUUCAGUGUCUCCACGCGGGUUUGACUGUGGGUUUAAUCCAGAAAGCAACAUCAAGAAGGAGGAGGAUCCGGGUGCUCUGCCCCUGUCUCUCACUGUUUCAGACUACCUCACUCCAUCAUGGUCACUGUCGCCCUCCUCCAGCCCGCUGUCCCACUCCGAGGCCAGUGACUCCGACAGAGAGGAGGAUGAAGAAGAGGAAGACGAUGAUGAAGAUGAUGACGAUGAAGAGGAGCUGGAGGAGCUGAGGGGUCGAAUGAUGAGACGCCGCAAGAAGAGAAAAACCUCCACCAGCAUCAAGAAGAAGACUCAGCCACACCCCCUUUCCUUCACUCGCCCCGCCUCCUCAUCCCCCUCCCCCUUCCAGCAGCCUCAAGCCCCGCCCACCACCAAUAUAAACAACAACAUCAACAUAAACAUCGGUGCGAGCGGCACACUGUCCCGCCGCCAGCACUGUCCAUACUGCGGACGCCACUUCCGCUCACUCGCGCGCCACCUAGAGAAACACCACGAUCAGCAGCCCGAAGUCAGAGCCGCAAUGGAGCUAUCGCACGCUCCCACACACACCCCGAACACAAACACACACACGUUUCCAUCUCCAGCCCAGCCCUCGUCUUCUCUGGGGCCGUCGUUGUUUUCCAGGGAGCGCGAGUCUAUUUCGUCUGCUACUAAACCGGCGGGUGUUUCCUUUUCUCUUUCGCUGGCUUCUCCUCCAUCUAGCGCCACCACCAAGAAAAGCUGUAGUACUCCUAGGAAGAGUGUUAAGAAGAGUCCCGGGACGCCGCCGGCACGGAGAGGACGACCACCUAAGAAGAAGGAGGACAAGGAGAAGGAGAAAGAGAAGAAGAAGCAGGAGGAGAUGGAGAGAGAGAAGGAGAAAGAGGAGCCGCCGCCACCCACACCGGGGAAAGUAGAAGAAGAAGAGGAAGAAGAGGUGGAGGAGGAGGAGGAGGUGGUCAACAUGGUGGAGGAUGAAGGAGCUGAAGAGAAGAAGACAGAAAUGACGAGGCCUCAGCGCUCCCACAUGCCCCCUCUGCUGUCGUCUCUGUCCACGCUAGUGUUGUUCCUGCGCCGGCAGCAGCACUCCUCCUUCCUCUCGCUGUCCCGCGCGCCGGGCUCUGCUGAAUCCUGGCGUCAGCUGUGCCACUCCAGCCUGGCUCUGCUGCUCCUCUAUAACCGGCACCGGGAGUGUGAGGUGUCCAAGCUGACGGUGCAGGACUACCACAGCCGGAGCUCCGCAGCCCCGCUGGACAGUGCACUCUGCCCGUUCGAGCGCCAGGUGCUCUGCCAUCUGUCCCGCGUGCCGGUGCUGGGCAAACGAGGCCGUGUGCAGCCGCUCAUCCUGCCACCGCACUCUGAAACCUGCCUGGACCUGCUCCUCAAGACGUCUGCAGAUGUGGGUGUGGACCCCGAGAGCCCGUAUGUGUUCUCCAGACCGUACCACUCUCCGGCUACACCUCUGCGCGGGACAGACCUGCUGCGGAGCCUGGCACGGAGCAGCGGAGCCAAGAACCCAGCAUGUCUGACUGCCCCGCGCGCCCGCCGGCAGAUCGCCAUCCUCACCCAGCUGCUGCUGCUGGAGGAGGGCGCCGCCACCAAACGCCUGGAGGACUUCCUGCAGAGAGAGUACCAUGUGACCCAGAGCUGCGCUGGGAUUGGCCAGGACCCGGCGCUGAUGAACCGUGUGGGCAGGGUGGUGCUGUAUGGCGAGCGGGAAGGCGUUCUGUUCAGAGGCAUGAGUCUGCAGCACAUCUGCCUCGAGCUCGACGUGAUGUCUGGAAACUCGGCCGACUCGUUCUCGGAAAACUCUGAUGCGGAGGCCAGUAAGGUUAAGGAGAAAGCUGAACCGGUGAAGAAGAAAUCCAGAGGUCGAGUUUCACGGGUGAAGAAGGGAACCGGUGUGCGAGUGUGUGCUGCUGCAGCGCCACCAUCAACCGCACACAAGAGACGCAGCGUCGCACAGGUCAAAACAGGUAAGCGUGGCGUGCUGAAGCGUCCGUGGUCGGAAGCGGAGCGCGUGUCGGUGGAAACGCACCUGAAGCAGAACAUCCUGGAGCUGCGAGUUCCUGCUAAAGCAGACUGUGAGCGCUGUCUGCAGCUCUGCCCCCUGCUGGCCAGCAACCAGCGCGACUGGAGGG